AUGUCACAGCCGAUGUCAGAAGUAUCCUGGCCGGCGGGAAUUCCGCAAAUCCGCCUGCAUCUGACAGAUUUGGACCCGGAAGAGCUCGCGGAAGAGGCCAAGGGAUGGUUGCUAUUCGAAGAAUCCCACCCCACGUCAAAUACCGAAGAUGCGCUUCGCCAACGACGAGCCCUAAUCGAGACAUGGGCUACCGCAAGCCAGGAGUUCCGCGAGUCCUACCAUAGUCGUUCCGUAGGCUAUACCUCGGCUGUCGACUACCCGGCCCAGGUACUCUCGCAGCUCGCCCCAAGACCCAACAAACGCUUCUUGUGUUUGGCCCCAAUAAACCGGAAGACCCAUCCGCGCAGCUACAUCCACCUCGUGAAGUUUCUUAUUCUGUUAUACGUCCACCAAGAUGAAUGGAGCAGGCGGCACCCCUUCGACCUGCGUGGGGCGGGCGACGCCCCCCGCUGCCACAUUCCAGAGCUGCUUGGCUGCCCUCCGGCGGCCACAGCCACCACCACCCUCAGCGAGGUCCUCCCGGCGCUGUAUCUCGCCCCGGCGGAUUACCGCGCCAUCUCCAUGACCCGCCAGGGCACGGUGGUAUUCGCCGACGGGCCGGACCUCACGUGGUUCGUCAUCGAUGCGCCGGGGCUGGCCACGGGGCGCCUCACCCUGGUGGAGUAUGGCUCCAAUGGCGACGUCCGCGUCUCGACCCUCCGUCGACCCUGGAAUAUGGGGCAAACCAUGACCUUCGAGCAGGUCCUGGGGAAGGACCUGGACGAGAUUGCCGAGUCGGGGAUCGGGGGCCCGCCGCAGUAUAAUGAACCCUUGGACAUGAACCUUCCCAUCCUCGAGCUCUUGGAGUCAACCCGACUGAACAACAAGUUCCUCUUCCCUGGUUACGGAUGUCGGGACCUCUGGGUCCGCAUUAUCGAGCAGAGUGCACCUGGAUAUCUGGAGCUGGAGGCCCAAGGGCGGGAGGUGGAAUUCGAGCUGGAUGAUCUGCUAGUCGUUGAUCCAUAA